GCCCUAAAAUUUUUCGAAAAAAAUUUUUUCGCGAAUUUGAACGAUCUGAGAAUACAGUUUUACUCAGAAUUCGACGCUGAUUCCGAAUAUGUAUGACUCAUUGCGUAAUGUUUUGGACACGAAACCUUACAUUCUGCCACUUGUCCUUUAUCUUUAGUUAAAUUUAUAAAUUUUCCUACAACAAAUAUAUUCUUGUUCAGCAUUAUCAUCAAUGAUACAACAAUAACAGAAUUUGAUAUCAAAUGAAAAUAACAAAGCUACAUUUAUUUUCAAAAAAUAUCUAAAUAUUAUAUUUAGAUUUGAUUUAUUACAGGAGGAGAACAUUGUUUCUAUAAUCUUCAACUUAAUUAAUCUACUCUACUUUUUUCUUUAUAAUCUCAAUUAAUAUAAUAUAUAUAUUUUAUUUUAUUCUUAUUCUUCAAUACAAUAUCAUUAUUUCGUAACAGUGUUUAGUUAGUUUUAAGGCAAAUCUUGAGAUAAAAAUAAUCAUAUUGAUUAUUAUUAUUAAAGAAAAAGAUUAGAUCAAUAAUCAAAUCAAAUAUUUAUUUGUAAGAUCGUUUGAAUUUUCUCAUUAAACAAAGCCUCGAGUAGUUCUAAACACUCUUUUUUAAUGUUAUCUUCUUUAUUUUUCAUUGAGAAAUUGGUAAGAUGGUGUUGUGUCGGAUUUAUUCACCAUCAUCGUCGUCGUGCCAAGGGAAGGAAUCGAACCUUCUGAUCUCUGACUAAUAGUGAGAUGCAUAGAACCACUAUGCCAUCCUCGGCCAUUCAUAGAUGAUUGUUGUGGAAAUGAAGAACGAUUAAAAACUAUACUACUUAUGAUGUCUACACCAUCCCACUAUCGUGAUUUCCCUUUUCCUGCCAUUAGAAAUACAUGUACCGAUUCAACUGCACUAAAUAAAUUGAAUAAAAUAAACGAGAAAUGAAAUAUUCUUUUCUUCUGUUAAAUGAAUUCUUAUUGCAGUGAUUAGAGUAUAAUAGAAUAAAUAAAAAACACAAUUUAAUCCAUUCUUAAGUAUAUUGAAAAUGAAAAUAGAUUUUAUUUCGUAAUGUUGAACAUUGUGGAACUAAUUCCAUUCCUGUAAUCAAUUUUGUUCGAUUCCGAAAACUCGAUCACAAUUGAAUAGAAUAGGUUCAAUCGAUAGGAAUUCGUGAAAUUCCAAAAGUUGACGAAACUCGAAAAAUAUCGAUUGAACUCCUUAUCUUGAAUUAUGUUCGAAUUCCAGGAAUUGAUUUCGGGCUGGAAGAGAAUGAUUGCUCUAUUCAAAAUGAUUUGUGAUCUAUAAACAAAAUGUCAUGAUAGUUGUUUUUAAUUUCGAUCUUAUUCUUUUAUGUAUAAAAUAUAAAAAUCGAAUGUCAAACAUAAUGGUUGACAGAGAAAGUAUUGAUAAAAAUAGAUUUUAUUCUUUUUAUAGAAUAAUUUAAAUAAUAACGUAAAUGAAUAAUUUCAUUGAAUUUCGAUUAGAAGAUUUAUCUAUUGAAAUUUUGAUGAACAUCUUUCAAAUGUAUUUCUCGCUUGACGAAUUUUAUUGAGUAUCUUCUCAUUUAAAUAUUUAUCUUAAUUUAAUUGCUAAAUUCUUCUUCGAUUCAUAUAAUACUGUAUAAAUUCAUUUAAAUUGUUGAAUAAAUUCAUCCCUAUUAACAUAUAAACUCUUCGAAAAGCAACAGUUACUUUCAAUUGAUUUGUGACCUUGUUUUUGUGUCAUUAUCUAUUUGACUAAUUUGUCGAUUAACUGAGUGUUUAGUCUAUAGUUAAAAUUUCUCGUCAUUCGAUCAUUUAUUAUUUUCAAUGUAAAAUAAUUCUAAGAAAAAAGAAAAACGUUCAUAUGUCUAUUUUACUGAUUUUAACAUAAUAUUUUCAAAUUGAUUUUAAUCAAAUAAAUCUAAUUAUUAUUUAUUCAAUAAAAAUAUUUUGAUAAAAUUGAGAAAAAUAAAUUGAAUAUUGAAAAUGAAAUAAUUUCUUUAAAUUAUUUAUUAUGUUGAUAUAUUGUUUAGAUCAAUGAGAAUAAUAUUUGACUUUUUAAUAUUUACCUAUUAUUAUUUAUUGUGUAUUUAUCCAAACGUCAAUUUAUGUAUUUUUAUUUGUUUAAUAAAUACUUGUUCUUCUUCUCUUUUUACUCUUGUAUCCAUUUUCAAUUUUUUUCUUUAUUAUUAAGAAUUUUUUAUUUUCAUGAUAAAUCAUUGAAAUUUGUUUAUAAUAGAUUCAAUUUUCAAUCAGUUACGUUGAAAUAAUACAUUUAUUUUUUAAUAAUCUAAUUGAGAUAAACAACAACAAAGGAAAUAUAAUAUUUUCUAGGCUAAAUUAUAAUUCAAUGAGAACUAAGACUAGAGAAAAACGUGUUCUGUUCAAAAUCUAAUUAGGUUAUGUUUGCCAUGUUUAAUUGUCGAAAAAAACGAAAAGAAUGAAAAAAUUACGUUUCAAUUGGUUUGUUAAUAUGGUCAAUUUGAAAAUACAUAUUCAUUUGAAUUUUAUAUUGAUUCAAAAAUGGAUUUUUCAAAAGAAUUAAAAUAAAUUGUUAGGAUUUAUAGAAUAUUACAUUGAUUGAAUCAUGUAAACUUAAUAUACGCGUAUUAAUAACAAAUAGCACCUGUGUUAGUAAAGGUAAGUAUGAUUUUCAAAAAAUUAUCUAAAUAUUAUAUUUAGAUUUGAUUUAUUACAGGAGGAGAACAUCAUUUCUAUAAUCUUCAUUUUAAUUAGUGCACUCUAUUAUUUUUUUUUAUAAUCUCAAUUAAUAUAAUAUAUAUAUAUUAUUUUAUUUUAAUUCACCCUCUUCAAUACAAUAUCAUUAUUUCGCAACAAUAUUUAGUUAGUUUUAAGGCAAAUCUUGAGAUAAAAAUAAUCAUAUUGAUUAUUAUUAUUAAAGAAAAAGAUGAAUAAUCAAAUCAAAUAUUUAUUUGUAAGAUCGUUUCAAUUUUCUCAUUAAACAAAGCCUCGAGUAGUUCUAAACACUCCUUUUUUUAUGUUAUCUUCUUUAUUUUUCAUUUAGUAAUUGGGAAGACGCUGUUGUGUCGGAUUUAUUCUUUUCCUUUUUGUCAAUGAUAUCCCUUGAAGGUAUUGUGCAAUGUAUUCUUCUUCUUAGCUAUAAAUACAAAAUCAAUAUCAUUUUAUAUUAAUAGAAACGUCGUGUGUUAAUGAUGGAUCAAAUUCUGGUUGCCUUGUUUUGUAUGAUUUUGGUCGUUGGUGCGAAUGGAGCUUCGGUUGCGUUGUCAACAUCAAUCGAUGAAGAUGCUAUUCAAGUAACUUUAUUGAUGAGACAACAUUGGUCAUUAAGACCUGCUAUAAUUCGAAAUUCUCGACCAUUUGCAAUAUGUAAAUUCAUAGAUGAUUGUUGUGGAAAUGAAGAACGAUUAAAAGCUAUACCACUUAUGAUUUCAUCAUUACGUCGCCAUCAUAAUCCAACUUUUCCUGAUGUUAUAAAUACAUGUACAGAUUCAACUGUACUGGAUAAAACAGAUCAAUCUUGUCCAGCAUUAGAACAGUUCAAUUCAUUACCAUUGGGUUAUGCAAUAAAUGAUCCAGCUUUACACCGAUAUGAGAAAUUAAUAAUGAACUAUGGUGAAAAAAUUCUUCCAAUUGAGCAGCUACUGGAACGUAUGAAAAAUUCUUGUAAUGAUUAUGAAAUUCAUGCUUUUCUAUGUUCAUCAGAUAAGAAAUUAAUAGAAUCAUGUAUUGGGAAAGCUCUUCAAGAAUUACAUGAUGAUAAAGGUUAUGAAGAUUAUUAUGAAUUCAUCAUUAAAACUAAACAAAUUCUUAGUGAUCUUAAUAAAGAAUUGAUUAAAACUUCUGUUGAUGAUACAAAUACAGAUUAA